UUCAUAUAAAGAUGGAAGGAUUGUAUAGGUGGCCAGUGCAAGAUUUAUAUUGUGGUUAUUAACUCCUUGUAGAUGAAAACAGCAGAAUGUAACAUUGGUAUGGCAGUGAUGAGUGGUUUCAGUUGAGGCAGUAUUAUCAGUCUUUAAUUGCUGAGCUGAUGAAAGUAGGUCAUAAACAGGGAGGUACAUGACACAAAUACCAAAGAUUAAUGUGCAGUUUAUUUUGAUUUUCAAAUUCUUUUGCUGAAAAUUUGAAAUAAAAACACGAAAUGCUGGAAAAAUUCAGGAGGACACAUAGCAGCUGCAGAAAGUUGAUAUCUCUGGUCUGGGAUUCUUCAUCAGAACUCAGAAGCUUCAGGAGCAUGAUAAAACAAGUCCAAUACCAUGCUUGUCCAAAUUGCAACCCACUUGGAACUCUCACAGCCCAGCAUCCCUUCCUUUUGAAUCCUGGCACUGGAGGUUUGGAAAAGGCUAGAGUAGAAAUUCUAAAUUUAUAAAAAGGUUAGGGUCUGUUAGUAUCUGCAAAUCAGGCUAGAGAAAUAUUAUUGAGAAUGGGUUUAUGUAUCUGGCCUCGAGGUUCACUGACCAUUGUAGUAUGGCUGAUGUUUGGACUGUUCCAUUCUCCAGCACUACCAGCUUAAGGUACAGAUGCAGUGCUGGCUGUAAUGUUGAUAUUUGCACAGAGAAGUGCUCUUCCGAUGCUCGAUGCCCUGAAAAAACCCUUCUCAUGUACCUCAAAGUUCUUGUCACUUGAGCAGUUGUGACAUCUUAGCAAAUGAAAGAGGAGGUAAGUUCAUAAGAACACUGGAGUUGUGUAAAAUGAAAUGGUAUAGAAUUUUUCCCUCUUGGUCUGUCCUGAAUCAGCUAGUUGGAGGUUCCUGGUCUUGGUCUCUAGACUAGAGAGGAGAAGGAUUUUGGCACUUAGUAUCAAUGUUCACCCUGCUAUGUUGGGUGAGAGUAGGAGCAGAUUUGGUGCUGAUGUCUCCUUUGGUUGGGUAGUCACUCAUUCAUUCAUUGUCCAGUAUGAAAAUAGAAUAGUGUCUAUAGAGUGUAGCUGAAGUGUAAUUAUACUUUUUGAUGGGGAGUGAAGUGGUGAUGUGGAUAAUUGGGGUAAAAUGCUAUCGGGAGACAAGUGGAGAUGAAAAGAAGAUACAACGAUAAAUGUAUUUUCAUUUGUUUUUGUCUGUUUUAAAAUUUUCACCAUGCUCUUUGUUCUAAAAGUGACAAUUUUCAGGAAACAUUGUGCAAUCAAGACAGAAGAAAAUUGCAAUUUUAUUGCAGCCAAAAAUAAACAAUUUAUGGGAAUGAGAGUACAUUUUAGGAUUAUUCAUAAAGAUGAAGUUGUAGCUGUUUCAGAGAAAGUAAUCGUGAAGCUGGACGACCUGAUGAAAUGGACAUGCUCAGAUUUCAGCACGUGGACACGGGGGCUCGGGGCUGUGUCACUGAAACCCUCAAAGAGAAAGGAGCUGAGGAUCAAUGGACAAAAGGAAACUUUGCAUCACUACAGACAAUGUACCCUCAACAGCGGCCUCAGUUUCAAGGAUGUGUUAAAAGAGAAGGCUGACCUUGGUGCCGAAGAUGAUGACGACGAAGAUGGCGAUGACGCUGACAACACCAAAAUCAUUGUCCUCAGUUACCCGCAGUACUGCCGUUAUCGUACUAUGCUGAAGAGGAUUCAGAACCAAUCGUCCUCCUGGCUGGUUGACCAGUUCGUGAUGGCGCUGGGUGGAAUUGCAAUCCUUAAUGGAAGUACCCGCAUCCUGUAUUGUCGUGACACUUUUGACCAUCCAGCUCUGAUUGAGAGUGAGAGCGUCUGUGAUGAGCUUGCGCUCAAUCUGAAAGGCCGACCCCGGAAGAAGAAGGUCUGCUCACAAAAGCGGGAUGCACAAGUUCCAAACGGCUUGAGAGAUUCCAAUGAAGAUUCUGAUGGGAAGAGCAACCCCAAGUCGAAAUGUGAGCUCAAAACCAUGAUGGCAAAACCCAAGAAUAACAACAACGGCAAAAAUAUCGCAGCUGAUGAAAAAUCAAAGGUUGCAGCGGGCAGUGAAUCCAGAGGAGAGGAGCAGGCUUUCCUAGUUGCUCUUUACAAGUAUAUGAAAGAAAGAAAUACUCCCAUAGAGAGGAUACCGUACCUUGGAUUUAAACAAAUUAACCUUUGGACUAUGUUCCAAGCGGCCCAGAAUCUCGGAGGAUAUGAAGUGAUAACAGCACGUCGACAGUGGAAGCAGAUCUAUGAUGAACUAGGUGGUAAUCCGGGCAGCACAAGUGCAGCGACGUGUACUCGCAGACACUACGAGAGGCUGAUCCUGCCGUACGAAAGAUAUAUCAAAGGGGAAGAAGACAAGCCUCUCCCUCCAGUCAAGCCUCGGAAGCAGGAGAACAGCUCCCAGGAAACAGAGAGCAAGAUGAAGGCAGCUGGAACCAAACGGAGAAGUGAGCAAAUCAGAAAAGGGAGAAAAGAAAAGGAUACUGCUCAGAGAAUGAAAGAGAACUGUGAGGCAACUUCAGUGCCAGAAGGUAUGCAGGAGAUGGAUGUGUCCAGGGAAACGUUGGUCUCAGUGCCAGAAGGAGCAGCAGCAAUCUCGGAGCCUGAGGUCGAGGAGCAGCACAGCCGUGACCUUGCAGAAGGCUCUGAUGCCAGAACGGGGCAGCCCAAGGACGACGACGACAAAGCCGGUGGCGAGCACCCAGACAGGAAACAUGGUGGCAUCACGCCCGAUUCGGGCAAGGAAGCAGUGACAACAGUGGAAACACCAGAGGAGGGACAGAUGGGCAUGGACACCUCCACCCCCGGCCAAAACCCUGAGCCGCCGCCAUGCCCACCCGACCUCCCAGCAAUUGACAGCCAGGAGGAAACAGCUGCCGGCGCGGUCCCAGCGGAGGGAGACGCAGUCCAGUCUGAUCAAGCUGACCAGUCUCGCAAGGAGGAGACUGAAGGUCGUCCCGGGAGCAGUCCGCAGCCCGGUGCCCAGAGACAGCACACACGGCAGCCUGAGAGAGGUAACCCUCACAAAGAGAAGGAGGAGGUGCUUGCUUCCACAAAAAGUGACGCCUGCCCCAGCUACAUGCCCGUGGUGUACUCCCGAGGACAUCCUGGCAUCAUGUCACCGCUUGCCAAGAAGAAGCUCUUGUCACAAGUCAGUGGCACCUUACCCAACAACUAUUCAAUUGGAGCACCACCCCUGCUGCUGAGCAGUAAAAAAGUUGGCGACAACGGGGAGGAAACGGUUAAAACUGAGUGUAGUUUUUCACAAGGCUCCUCAUCAGACCCGCCCGCCGUUAAUAGACCGUCUGUCAUCCAGCGCGCCCAUAGCAUUCCCAAGAGAAGCUCAGAUGAGCUAGGGGAAGCGUUUAAGCAAGAUGGUUUGAAUAAAUUAUCCGAUUCUGAGACAGCUUACCUUCCCAACCAUCAUCUCAAUUGCUCAGACUCAUUCAAAGGAGGCACUCAUUACCCUUUCACCUCCGACCUUACAGACAAUGAAAACAAUAACUCUGAGAAGAAAUGUUGCCCGCCGUCGCAAGUCUCAAGCUUUCUAGUGGACUUCUAUUCCUCCCCUCACCUACACAACCUUUAUAAACAUACAGAGCACCACCUUAAUGACCAAACGUCAAAGUACCACAACAUCGCAAAGAAUAAGAGUUCAUCGUUUAUGCAGCGUAAAAACCAGGAUGCUGAAUAUCUAAAUUAUCUCUCAAAUUUGCACCAACCGGAAAAAAAGUUUGGAGUGAAAUCCCCGGCGGAGGAACAGCCCACUGACUUGAGUCUUCCGAAGCUGAAGAAGAUGUUGCCCAGGAAUCUGACUGGUACGCCACUUCCUUCAUCGUUGCCCCUGGACGCUAAAAGCACGACAGCAGGAACACAGCCAGCCCAUUCCAACUACAACCCCAAGGCAUGCCGAGUCCCUCCAAUGCCGAUGGUGGCCAGCGCCAAGACCGGCGAAGCUAUCACCUCAUCGCCAGCGAAGAUGGAAGAGGCGGUCAGACCGAUCAUGUGUUCAAAGGCCAGCUCGCAGGUCAUCGGGACCACCAAGCCCAUCAAGAGGAACCGAGAGAGUACUGACUGUGGGAGCGGUGAGAGCCCAGAAAAGAAGCACCGGGCCGUGUCUCCCAUCUCCAAGGACCCAACGAUGAAAGAAAAGACUUUCGACUUGGAUGGUGAAGGCAGCAAAACCCUGCCACCAGGGAUUUUCCUGGAGGGCCACAAGUUCCCGCUGCCUACACCAAUUUUCCCGGGUGUGUAUCCUGGAGCUUUUGUAUCUCAGGUGCAAGAUAUGUGUGACGGCUUAAGCUCUCAUUUCCCCGUUGACUAUGCCCACCCCUUACAAUACUUGAAGAAUCAAGCUGUGCUCUCUCCCCUCAUGCAACCACUUGCGAUCCAUUCCUUCAUGAUACCGGCGAUGCAGAGACAGAUCCUGGCUUCAACCGGUGCAUCCCCGCAGUUGUACAGACAUUUGUCCGCGGCUGCUUCCCCAGUCGCGGCUACUUAUGGAGAUAUUUUGCACCAUAGUCUUUAUCCGCUGGGUUCUCUGAACCCGCAGGUUGCUUAUUCCAGUUCGCCGAUCUCUUCUCUACAUCCCAGCACAAAACUGUAAAUAUUUCAUUACAUGAACGUUGCUGAAGACAGCAAUAAGCCGGACAUUCCAUGUUACAUUAAGACUUGGUGACUGCAAGCUACCAGCAACUGGCUUACGUAUUCCUUGCAUUCACCCUCGGUGACAUUAUCAUCUACAAAUUGUAAAGUUUGUUUUGUUUUCUUAAGUGUGGUAAUGAUAUCCUUUGUACAUAAAUCUUUUUGCCUGUGACUUAACACUAUCACCAGUAGAAUAGCGACACAUUUAAUGGGUGUAAAUAUUCACUAUAAACAUUUACAUCUUAAUUUAUGCAACUGUAGUCAGGUUCUGUGUGCUGCUUUGGUUGUCUUAUUGCUGCAUUUUUCACAGUGUCAGAUGAUGGAUGUGUUGAGAAUUGUGCUCUUGUUCCAGAACAGGAUAGACAUAAUAACUACAGGAAGUUCUCCGCAGCUGUAAAUGUCUGUUUGGAUUCUUUUGAAUCUUUUCGUAGAACCCAUAUGUGGUGUUUAAUUUCUACAUUGUGUAAUAGUGCACCGUGCUUAUUCCGCAACCCCUUGGAGAUAAUUGCUGUUCUCGCAGUUGUUAAGCUCUAGACUUUCACAUCCAUAAAAGCAGAGCCAAUUACAAAAUAACUUGAGAUGCGUUUGCCUCUGUUUUAAUAUUUCAAAAUUUAAUGUAAAUAUUUCUAAUUCAGUUUUCGUACAUUCAUCGUUGCCGUGGCAACGUCUCAAACUCACUUGUUAAAUGCCCGGCAGCCACACGUGUUAAAAGAUUUGUAUAUAGACAAGGUAAUAGUAAUUCAUAAUAGCUGCAUUACAGGAAAAUAAUUUUAUAUAUAGAUUCCACCCACUUUGCAUUUAAGGUUACAAAAAUAUAGCUGUAAGGGUUCUUUCUGUGGUUUUACAUAACAUUUUGUCAAAUAUUUAAACUGUAAAUCUCUCAAGUAAACAAGGCAGGUUUUGAAAAGAGGGAAGAGUGAAGCAGAACAAUAAAAUGGAAGAGACCAAGAUUCCACGUUGGCAUCCAUGAACAUUCUGCUUUUUUUCUGUAAUAAAGCCUCUUCAGUGUACUCCUGUUGCCUCUGCAGCUGUUGGUGAAGCUUUAAUAAGAUUUGUGUUGAAAUGCAAUUCUGGCUCUUUGUUCAACUCCUGAGCUUGGCUUGAAAUCUUUGGCAGCCUUUUGUUUCUCAUUUAGGCUUUGGAAAAUUUCACUUUCCUUUUAAAAGUGCCCUCAAAUUAAACAUGGGCAAAUACUUUGAAAGAAAGUCUUUCUUAAACUUAUUACAACAUUUGCUUCUGGAGGACUUAACAUUUGGUUACAAUAAUUUCCUUUCAGUUCCACAAUAAACAUGUUUAAUUGAUGCCUCAGUAUCACAUGUGGUUUUCUGGCAGUCUCCCUGUUACAUCAAGAACUAGCUGUGCCUUUUCAUUUCAACAACACAUUAAAGCUUCGAUACUUAACUGCACAUGUUUGUCGAUGGUAUACCACGGUCACAUCUGGUCCAGCUUUGCAAAGAGCACUGUGAUCAUAAGUAUUGUGAAAUCAGGAUAUAUUAUUUUUGUUGGUUUCCAUGCUCGUAAUGAUCAUAACGAGCACUUAAGAGAUUGUUUGUGUGAUUGUGGCUGUAUUAGUUAGAGUGUAGUCCUCAUAUGGUUGUUCCAUUCACCGCCAUACAUAGCUUAAAUAUUUUCAGACUAUUAUCAGCAAGAUGUUUAUACUGACAUGUUAUUAUAAAACUUGUAUUUUGUAAAUAAUGAACACAUUUCUUUUUGCAUUUUUGGUUUGGAUCUAUAGCACAUUUUCAUGUAAGGUGAUUUGUACAUAGUUAAAAGUGAAGACUGGUAACAUUCAGAUGCAUCCUAAUAGUUUAAGGUUAUUGAGUAAUCUUAUAUUAGGUUCAAACUAUAUGUCUAAUGUUGCUGAGCCAAAUAUAAACACUAAAGUUUUGUUUUUGUAUGUUCUUAAAGUGUACUUCUUGGCAAAUGCUUUUGAUACUUUGUGCCAAUAGUUUAUCUAUCACAUAGCUGGCAAAAUAUUUUGUACUUUCUGAUCCACUGUUAUAUUUAAUAAAAGUUUUACUACUUAA